UUCGGGUUUGGUACUAUAUUUUUGGAUCGAUAUUGGUUAUGUUCCUCGGAUUCAUUUUUCAUAAUACUAAUAAUUACAUGAAAAACAAAUAUCAACAUAUUUUUCAAAAUAUACACCCGCGCGCCUGCGCGGGUCAAAAUCUAGUGUGUUAUUGAAUAUGACAUUUCUCUAAAGUCUCUACAAAUUAUUUGCAAUCCACUGUUAUUCAAUUAAUAAUUUAUAAAAGCUAAAUUGAAUCCACUGUUAUUGAAAGACAAACAAUUUUAAAAAGAAAAGACUAUGAAAAUAAUUUGAAACAAAUUUUAUCAUCAAUUUCAGUCAAAACUAACAUAAUACAAAUCACAGCUCUAUAUAUGUUAUUUGGAAAGACCCAAAAUCAAAUAUAAAUAAUUGGCAAAAGAAAAAUGAUGAUCUAUACGACUCCACCACCAGCUCUCCAAAACCAGUAUCUGCACCAGCAUAUUUCCCUCUCUACACCUCUAUGUUGACUUGAAUCUCAACAACGUCUCUGACUUCUUUUUCACAAGUACGACAGUGACGAUGAAGCUUCUGCCGUCUUCGUUGAUUCCUUACACGGAAAGUUUGCACCAAUGGCAAAAAUGACGACAGUUUGUCUUUUUCUUGAUAUUGAGGCAAAAAAAGAUCAGGAAGUGCAUCAAAUGGAUGUCUACAAUGCAUUUUUGCAUAGUGAUUUACAGGAAGACGUAUACAUGAAACUGCCACCAGGGUUCAAAUACAAAGGAGAAACACGUGUGUCAACUCCAAAGGUCAUUAUAUUGAUUGAAACAAGCUCCCCGGUAUUGGUUCGCAAAGCUUUCUCAUACUCUCCGAGCGUAUUGAUUUACGCAGUCACGGUCUGAUCAUUAAUUCUUCGUAUAUCAUAAGAAAGGAGUUCGGCUGUGUAUACUGAUUUAUAUUGAUGACUUGAUAAUCUUCGGCACGUCGCCUCAAGAUAUUCAACUAUUUAAGGAUUACUUAUCAACAUGUUUCUAUAUGAAAGAUCUUGGACCAGUUAAGUAUUUUUUGCGUUUGGAAGUCGCAAGGAGUAAGGAAGGCAUCUAUCUUUGUCAAGGGAAAUAUGCGUCUAAUAUAGUAGCUGAAGUUGGCCUUCUUGGAUGUUGUCCCGCAGGAUCUCCAAUCGAUCAAAAUCAAAAUCUUGCGAAGUCAGACAGUGUAUAUCUGGCUGAUCCCGAAACAUAUAUACCGACGCCUGGUGGGGCGUCUUAUAUAUUUGGCAGCUACUCGACCUGAUCUUGCAUACUCUAUUCACAUUCUCUCACAGUUUAUGAAUAAACCGUGUGAGGACCAUUGGGUGGCUGCACUCAAAGUGGUUCGAUAUCUGAAGGGAACAAUGGGGCAAGGUAUUUUACUACGUGCUGGUUCGCCAAGACACUUGACGGGAUGGUGUGAAUCAGAUUGAGGAGGAUGUUCACUGACCCGACGUUCGCUUACAGGCUGGAUAGUGCAGUUUAAUGAUUCACUUAUUUCAUGGAGAACGCAAAAAAAAAGAUGCAGUUUCUCGCUCUUCCGCAGAGGCGGAAUACAGAGCAAUGGCAGAUUUGACAGCAGAACUUCGAGGACUGAGGACUUUUGUCUGAGUUCGACAUUAGUCAUGAGAAGCUAAUGACGAUAAUGUGUGAUCGUAAACCAGCUAUCUGUAUUAGUAACAAUGCAGUUUUUCAUGAAAGAACUAAACAUGUAGAAUCGGAUUGUCAUUUCUUUCGUGAUGAUAUUAUUAGAGGGUAUGUGAUAUACUAACGAAGGCAUUGGGCAAGAAGGAGUUUGAUGUUUUUCUUCAUAAAUUAGGCAUUCAAAAUUUGUAUGUUCCAACUUGAGAGGAGGUAUUGGAAUAUGCUAAGAUCCCAUAUAUUAAGAUUGAGUCAUAUCUUUAUUAUGUAAACUUUCCUAUAAACUCGAGAUUGUCUUUGUAUAUAUAUGAGGGCUUGUUAACGCCUAAGGAAUAAGAGAAACAGAUUGAAACCUAAAGUGUAAGAAAGUUAAAUUCCGGUCGUUACAUCUUUCUUAGCCAGUUAAACCGGUCCCAUUCUGUUUUGAGAAAGUUGGCUUAGUCACAAAAUGUUUUAAUGCAUGAAAUGUUCUUUUACGAUUAGUUCAAUUGUUUCUGUCGUUUUGUUUAUCAAUGCAUCUCCUUAUAGAGCCUUUUCUAAAUUCCAAACGUGUUUAGCCUUUCAAAAAAAAUAUUUUUGUAUUCCAUUUUGUAAGCAAAAAAUUGCUUGAAGUGUACAAAAGCUAAUGUGAUUCAUUAGAAAUAUGAUUACACUAUAUUUAAAUGAAAAAAAUACAAUCAAACAAUCGUGUUUUAAAUUUCAUAGAAAAGAAAGACGCAAAUGAAAAGUCAAGAAGUCAAUACUUGUUUAAGCUUUGGGUAGCUGAGAUUGUCCCAAGAGUAAGUUAACUUGCCACAGAACAAAAAAACAAAAUAAAAAGAGAUAAGAAAUCUAAGUUUUGAUUUUUUCUCACUGAACCUUCACAACCACCAACACCUAAAAUUAACCCUACAAAGUUAGAUUGUCAGACAAAAGACCAAAUACAGACACUCAAACUCACAUAUAUAUAUAUAUACUCACACAAACACAACACUCUUUCACAGAUUACAACACAAAACAAUUACCUCUUAAGCAAAUGGCGGUUUCAAAGCUUGUAUUGGCUGCUACAAGCACUAAAAGCUGCAAAGUACUCUUAGGGCUAAGAGUACUUGCCUUCUCGGCUACGCUAUCUGCAGCCAUUGUGAUGGGAUUGAACAAAGAGACAAAGACGUUUGUUGUGGGAAACGUUGGAAAUACUCCGGUCAAAGCUACUUUCACCGCUAAGUUCCAACACACUCCAGCUUUCGUGUUCUUUGUAGUAGCUAAUGCAAUGGUGAGCUUCCACAACAUGUUGAUGAUUGCUGUGCACCUAUUUGGAGGGGAAAUGGAGUUCACUAGUUUUCGUCUUCUCUCCGUCGCCAUUCUCGACAUGCUGAAUGUGACACUGAUUUCGGCCGCAGCUAACGCGGCGGCGUUCAUAUCGGAAGUGGGGAAGAAUGGGAACAAACACGCGAGAUGGGACAAAAUCUGUGAUAGAUUCGCCACUUACUGCGAUCACGGCGCCGGAGCAUUGAUCGCCGCCUUCGCCGGUGUGGUCCUUAUGCUCAUUAUCUCCGCCAUCUCAAUAUCUCGUCUUGCUCAGCCUAAUAAAUGCUCCUCCUCCACCGCCGCAACUCCCUCUGUCCUCCCCUGAAAACAUCACCGCCUCAAAAUUAUACAAACACACAUGUCUCAUUCCCUUGUUUCCUUACUUCUUUGCUGCUUUGUUGAGUGUUGUAGUGUGUGUAUACAUCGAGUGACUGUGUAACCAUGUAAGCAUUUGUCUUGUCUGUUACUCUGUUAGUACUCAAACUUUCUUCUCGUGAUUUGUGUUGUUUUGUUUUGUUUUGGGUUUUCUUAAAUACAAUGUGAUGACCCGACCGACUA